AAUUAUACAGAUUACGGAGAUAUACAGAGUAGAGCCACGUGUAAGAUGGAGGUACUGUACAAGUGUAACUCGCCUUCUGCUUCUCAAAAUACAGAUUAUUGGAGUAUUAGUGAAAAGAAUGGAGGAGAAACUGAUCACUUGCUGGUGUUAGGUUGUUCUGUUAAAGUUUUCAAGGGGUCUGAUGCUUUUGAAACACUCAAGAACGUCUUUACUGUACACUCUCCGAUACUCCAGGCGUUGUGGGUGUGGUUUAAAGAUGAUGAUAGUAAAGGGGCGGGGCCUGAUGGCUACAUGAAGUGUCUGUGUCUUAGGGAACAAGGACAGCUGAACAUUAUUAUGAACAACGGGACCUUUCACACCUUACCACUCCCAUUUAAUGUACGUGGGAUGUGGUAUGUCAAUAGAUUGCUGUUAAUAGAGAGGAGUGUUCCUGAUACAGAGGUGACUGAUGGGUUGUCAGUGUUAUUCACAAUAUCUCAUCCAAUGGAGGACAUUACUCCAGUCACCUCUAGGAAGAUAUCUUACAUCAAUGGUCAGAAAGGCACAACCAAUCUUUCUUAUGUCACUAGCCCUCAAUUACGUGUUGCCACGGUGAUAUCUGACCACACCCCUCCAUUAGUACUCACUUACGACACUCGUGAUAACACUCACACACUUUGGGCUAUUCAAACUGCCACUAGUAACGAUAUACCAUCUCCUUCAUCUACCCCUGGAGGUGUGGCUGGGGGUGUGGCCUCAAGAUCAAGAGGUGCUCCAUUGAGUAGCUCCGCCCCUGAGAGAAUAACUCAAUACUCUGGUUCACCUAUUCAGUUUAAUUUAGAUAUCACACCUGAUAAAAACGAGAAGAAGAGGUCAUUAUUGACUCCAUUGCAUGAGGAGUCUCUCCGGAACGCUACAAUAAAGAGGCUCCAGUCAGGAGGUGUGGCCACUGCUGGUAUUACAAGGACAAGAAAAGGUUCCGUGUCAUUCACUUUCAGUCCAUCGCCAUCUUUAGCGAGGAAAGGUGAAGUGAGUGUGGCCAGUAGCAGUAGGCCUGUCAGUGGUCGGUCCCCGUUUGUUAAUAGAUACUCCAGGACUAGAGGAGGAGCUGUGAGGACUCCAUUGUCUCCAGUGUUGCAGUAUUCAAGAAUAUCUCCUUAUUCCAAGCUCCACCCAUCCAUGGCCUUGCUAUAUAACAACAAUAAUCAUUUACUGGACAAUUUUGAGACUUUAUUGCCACAAAUAUGCUUACAUCAGCAGUGGGCGGAGCUUCCAGACUUAGACUGUAUGAUGUAUCAUUCGGCUGUGGAUGCUUUUGUAUGCAAAGAUUUUAAGAAAGAAAAGUACUUUGUAUAUUAUAUACCAGAGUUAUCGCAAAUUAGAAUAUUAUCGUUAACAAAAUUGUUUUUAGGUGAUAUUAGUGUUUAUUCUGAUGAAUAUAUUGUCAUUUCUAAUGUAUCAAGUGCAAUUAAUCUAAUUAACAUUAAUAUGAUAUUGAUAUUAAUUAAUGGAUCAUUGGAACUAUACACUGGACCUUAUAAAAUUACUAAUAUUGAUCUGUCUCCGUUGUAUGAGAUUGUGGGGAGGAAUGAGAAUGGAAGUAUGGGAAUGAGUUUGUCAGGGAAUGAGAAUGGAAUGAGUCUAUCAGGGAAUGGGAACCUAAUAGAGUCCAUUGUGAAUCCAGUUGGAAAUGAAUUCAACAUUAUCACAACUGAUAAUGAUAUUUAUCAUUGUUCUAUACUACCUAUAGCUCAAUCACAUACAAUAUCUCUCUGUAUUGAUGGUAUCUGUUCUAUUGUUCCAGCUGAUGUUAUUAAUUCUGUUUUCAUUUCGUAUUAUAACUCCGCCCUCUCUCUUGCUAAUGAAUGGAUAAGAUUUGAGAACUGGUUGUUAAGUGUGUUAGGAUUAACUAACACUGAUACUGAUGCUGAUUUUGUUUCUGAUCCUAUUCUAGUUCAUGAUCCGUUAUUGAAGUUAUUAAAAGUUGAUGUCAAUCCGCCAUCAGUGGGUGGGGCCAAGAGACAGGAAGUGGGUGUGGUCAGCAAUGCUUUAUUAAAAGAUUAUUUAAAUCGUGUUGCCACUUGUCUUCAUUUAAUUUACGAGGAACUGAAACUGAAUAUCAAUAAUAAUAAUAAAACAAAGAACUUAGGAGUCACACUGUACAAGAUAUCGCACUGUUUAGGCUGGUUGGAAUAUAAGGAUCAUUAUUUCAGAGAUAAUCCUUCUUUAUUGACUGAUAUUAAUGUCAAUGGUCUUAAAAUGGUUAAUGAGGUAGGUGUGGCACUUUAUGAUGUGACCACUCCCCCUCCGAGUGUGUAUCAAUGCUUAUAUCAAUUGAUGAAUGAGCGGAGAGUGAUGCAUCGUUAUCCAUUAAUUAGUGGAGUGUGUAAGAGAUCGGAACAGAUAAUGAAGAUAUAUCAAUUACUAACUAAUAAUUGGUGGAAUAGUGACGAUCAGAUAUAUUAUCAAGUAUUUAAUAACGAAGACAUUGUUCCCAUGGAAACCAGUAGUACCAAUAAUGGAGUUUGGUUGGAUAAACUUCUCCAAUUUAUUACAAGCGAAGGUUUAACUCCUCAUCUAUUGGAUACAUUUCCUGUGGGUGUGGCUUUACCGAUAAAAGCAACUAUGGGAUACUGUAGGAGGAACCCAAACACAUUGUCAUGGAAACCAGAGUCAUUACUCCUUAUUGGUCGUGAUGACGUGUAUGAUAGUGUUGUUGGUGAGAGAGAGAAGCCCAGGGGAGAGGAGAAAGGAGGAGGAGGAGGAGGGGGAGGGUCAGUGAGGUUUGAAAUACAACGAAACAAUGACAAUGGAAUGUCCUUCGAUGAUGAAGUUCUUAAGGUAAGGUUCUCCACUGACAUGAGAGUCAAUGAGGUGAAGAGAUUAUUAACAUCAUCAGAACCAGCCAGGAUUAAUCUAGAACAGAAACCUGAAGUUAGUGAUCAUGAUUUUCUUGAAGAACAAGAGCUUCAUUUGCUGUCUCUUUGCCAAAGGACAAUGUCCCUACCUGUUGGAAGGGGUAUGUUUACAUUGGCCACUAGUGAGGUAUUGCCCACUUCAUCUUUGAAUAUUCCGAAACUUAAUUUAUUAGGAAGGAUACCGCCUAGGAAUAAUACAAUUGGUCUUGAUCACAUUGAUAAACCCGCCCACAUGAGUGACUGGCCGUUGUUUCACAAUGGAGUUGCAGCUGGCAUCAAACUCUACCCCUCCAGUGAUUCUAAACUGGACUCAACCUGGGUAGUUUAUAACCAGCCGGAGGGAGGGGUCAAUAGUGAAGAGGGUUUCCAAGAAUACUCAGGGUUCCUAAUGGCCCUGGGUCUUCACGGCCACUUGUCAUCUCUACCCUCUUUCAACACUUUUGAAUAUUUACAGAACAAACAAGAACUGACUGUCAUUGGACUAUUGAUUGGACUUUCUGCUGACAAGUGUGGCAGUAUGGACCUUUCAUUAAUUAGUUUACUGUCUCUAUACUUCCCUCCUCUCCUUCCGCCUGAUUCAGUUGAUCUUGAUAUAUCAACAAUGAUUCAAACUGCAGCAGUCAUUGGUCUGGGUCUUGUAUACAUGAGCUCAUGCAAUAGGUUCAUGAUUGAACUGAUGAUCAAUGAGAUAGGUCACAGCCCAGGUCCUGAGUGUCGGUUUGGUUUGAACAGAGAGUCUUAUUCACUAUCAGCUGGUCUAGCACUAGGAAUGAUUGGAUUAGCAUCUGGGGAUAAUUCAGUCAUCAAAGGGUUAAAUAUUGUCAAUCAGCUCCGUGUGUACAUCAAUGGAGGAAUGAAAAGAGACGUUUCAGCUAUUGAUACUUCUUCAAGCAGUCAGCUAGUACUGGAAGGUAAACAUGUUAAUGUACAUGUUACGGCUCCAGGUGGCAUUCUCGCUCUGUCGCUAAUUUACUUGAAAACUAACAACGAACAGAUUGCGUCAUACUUAGCUCCGCCCACAACCUUGUACCAUUUUGAAUGUGUCCAGUACAGACCUGACUACCUUUGUCUGAGGACACUAGGUGCCUCACUGAUACUGUGGGAUAGUAUUGAACCAACACAGUCAUGGAUCGAUGGCAACAUACCUCGAAUAGCUCAUGAAUAUUCGUUUAAGAGUAAUGAAGCAAAUCCAUCAUUAUAUCAAUUAAUGAGUCAAUCUUAUUUAUUCAUAUUGACUGGUUGUUGCUUUGCUAUUGGUUUGAAAUAUGCUGGUACAUCAUCUACUGUUGCUAAGAACAUUCUAUUUGAGCAAUACAAGAAAAUAGUCUCACAUCAAACUGAGCACAUCAGUAAAUAUUGUGUAGAGACUUGUACACAGUCAGUACUGUUGUCCUUAUCAAUGGUGUUAAGUGGAACUGGUGAUUUGUCUGUUUUAAAGUUAAUUCGAAAACAUCACACGAUUCUAUCAACCAAUGAGAAUGCUUCAAACAGUUGCUAUGGUUACCAGAUGGCCACUCACAUGUCACUUGGUUUAUUGUUCUUGGGAGGAGGGAGGUAUUCAUUGACUAGUGACAAUAAAUCAAUAGUUGCUUUAUUAUGUUCAUUGUAUCCUCACUAUCCGUCAUCAAGCACCGACAACAGGUAUCAUUGUCAAGCGUUGCGUCACCUUUAUGUCCUGGCAGCUGCUCCAAGAGUGUUAAUAACUAGAGACAUCAAUAAUAACGAAUCAGUUUCAGUUCCACUGACUCUACACUGCACUGACAAUGGUAGUGAGUCUGGUUUAGAGGUGUGGUCUCCCUGUCUGUUACCUGAUUGGAACAGGAUCACUGCAAUUGAAAUAAAAGGAACAAGAUAUUCUCCUGUUAAAUAUGAACUGAACGAGAAUAUUAAGUCACAUUUGAUAAGAUAUGGUACUAUUUUUGUGAAGUUGUUAAACGGUUACUGUAGUUAUGAAUCAGACCCACUGGGUCAGAAGAGUCUAUUGUCAUUGGCGUUAAUGUCUCCCACUCAUUAUCAACUGGGUGGAGUCAUUGGGCAGUUGAAUAUCUCAAGUGAAGCAUUUAACGAUAAACACAUUAACCAGAUUUGUGACAUUUACUGUCGUCAUGGUAACGAAUUCCAUAGUUCCGCCCUCCUGGAAACCAUUAGCAACGAUGAGAAAGAAUUACUUAGUAUAUUCCUUCAAUUAGAAGAGAUAUCUAAUGAAUUGAAUAUUAAUAAUCAUUUGCUGUGGCAACUGAAACUCUGUUAUGCUUACUCAGCCAAUAUCAGCCCAGUUCAUGAGAGCUUGAGGGACUAUAUUGAGACGAUAAUAAUGAAAACUAAUAAAAUGAUUAGUAAAAGUGUAUCACCUUCAUUGUUAUUAAACUAUUUAAUUGAUAAUAAAUUAACCGGCGGAAUUAGUGAUAUCAAUAUAUUAUCAUUGUUCAUCAACCUAACUGGACUGCCUUUCAUCAAAAGAACAGGGGAAGGAACUGAUAUUACCAGUGUCAUUAGUUUAUUGGUGGGCAAUGAGGUGAACCCAAAGACCAUUGUUGAUGUAAUGAUGUGUCUAUCAGUACCACACUGAUGAAUGAGGAGUUAUUAUUAAUGAUGUGACGAUGAUGACAUUGAUUUUAUUAUUACAAUGAUCACUGUAUUAAUGUUGAUAUUAUUAAUUGUUGUUAUUAUUGUUAAUGUUGUUGUUGUGUU